UCACGGUCACCCUGCAUACCGUAGAUCACACAACCGUUCGUUGCGGAGUGGUUGUCAGAAGGUUACAAAUAUCCGGAUGUCGAUCGUCAUUUUGAGGACCCAACUAACACACUAUAAAUAGCCCACAGUAGCAACAUCUCCUUGGAAGGGAUCUGUUUUAGUCUUGUGUAAGUGUUGCUAACGCCACAGAAACAUCCUGAAUUAUAUGCGUAUCAUAACACUACACAGGACUAUACCGAGAAUGGUUCGACGAGAGCAUAUUCACCCCUUGACACUACCAAUCUUGAUCGUGAUGUGUGGAGUAACAGUGGCAUUGGUGUCUGGAAAUAACGAGAAGAACCUAGUCGCGGAGCUGCUUGGCAGCUACGGAUCCAAGAGCGCCAGGCCUGUGCAAAACACUCACCAAACACUCAAUGUUACCUGUCGCCUACUGAUAGCGCAGAUUAUCGAGUUUAAUGAGCCCAAACAACAGCUGACGAUAAAUGCUUGGCAGAGAUUGUCAUGGCGCGACGAAUUUCUUGUCUGGGACCCAGUGGACUUCGGCGGACAGACUGAGUUACACGUCUUCCCGUCCGACAUAUGGACUCCUAGACUCGCACUCAUGGAAAAUGUCAAUUUCGACUUUGCAAGCAUAGAUGAUACGGAGAUCACCAUAAGUCCGAACGGUACAGUCAAUUGGUACACACCAGUCAUUUACCAAGUCUCGUGCAAGGUUGACGUCCGGAAUUUCCCCUUCGAUGUCCAACAAUGCAAACUAACCUUCGUACCGUGGGUCUACGAAAAGACGGGUCUGGCCUUGCAGAACUCCAUUGGAGCGGACACUAAGCAAACUGCUUUCAGCGAAGACGGAGUGUGGAGUCUGGUGGAUGUGGAUGUGGCUGGUGUUGAGGUCAAGUACGCUUGCUGUGAGAACCCUUUCUCUCACAUCAUCUACACACUGACCUUGGAACGAUCAUCUAGCUUCUACAUCUUCAGCAUCUUGAUUCCCUCCGUUCUCCUGACUACCAUUACCUUAGCCGUGUUCUGGAUGCCGGCCGAGUCUGGGGAGAAGAUCUCUUUAGGUAUGACCAAUCUCCUGGCGUUCGUUCUCUUCCAGCAGCUCAUAGCAGGAAACAUGCCGCCACUUGGUGACCAAACGCCGAUCAUUACUGUCUACCUCUUCUGCAUGGUGGUCUUGGGUUGUGCCUCCAUUUUCGUGGCUGUUUACGCCUUGAGGUUGUACCACACAGCUCCCGACAAGCCCAUACCUAAAACAGUCGUCGGAGUAGUGAAAUGUCUCAGUCGUCAGAAGAUCCCAGUCACGUGGCAAGCGGUUUCCCGGAUGACAGAUAAGGCCAUGUUUGUUUUGUUUCUGGUGGCAUCCAUCGUGAUCCUGUUGUUCACGUUCAUUUCAAUCAAACAUGACCAUACUCUGUAUUAAGAUUCAUGUAUUUAUUGGUUAACGUUAUGGUUAGCAGGUUAUGGGGUUACGUUAUAAGGUUUAAGUUAUGGUCAGAACACGACAUUAAAGUUAUGGUCAGAACAUGUUAUAGCUUUUUUGAGUUUUGUUUUGGUGAAGUUAAAUGUUCUUACAAAAUUAUCUUUUAUAUUUUAUACUACCAUAAGAUUCCAAUGAAGCAUAGUUUAACGUUUGGCCUUUUUCAUCGAAAACUAAAGCCCAUAACAGUAAAAUCCGUAGGGUGCGAUAGACUACGCUAUUUUUAUUGAACACUUCUACAAACAGACUGUUCCAAUGUUAUGUUCAAACGUUUUGAAUAGUAUAAAACCAACAUUUUGUUAAAUGUCAAUUACAUUUGAUCACGAGGUUUUAAUUCCAGGUAAACGAGCAAGUAAAUCAAAGAGGACCAUGCAACUAUUAUUUUGAUUCUGGUCUUUUUUUAUUAAACGGCGUCACUAUUGAGGUUAAACUUCGUUGUCGAAUUCUAAGCUUGAAGACGAUUUGAACAGGCCGAAAUACAUCACUAUGAUCACGGGGACGGGGUGCACAUAUGCAAGUGGGAAUACCAUUAAAAAAAUAAAAAUAGUAGUAGGAGAAUAGGGAUCCACUGUUAUGUAGUCUUACCUUCGAUAUUAGGGCAAUAUGUGUAAUGUUCAUCGUAUUUCAUUUGGGGUAUUGUUCACACCCCCCCCCAAAAAAAAGAGAUGGCAACGUGACAAUAAUACUGAUAAACUGCGUUUUAAGGCCAAGGAUCCUCUUCCAGGUUUUUCUUUACCUAACUUAAAGUUUAUGUGAAGGGUUUACACAAUAUAUGGCGGUUGUCGCCAUGAAGCUGUAAAGUCUAAAUUAUACACAUUUUGACAGGCAGAAGAAUGACCAAAAUAUUCUUUAAAGGUUUGCAUUUUGUUUGUCAGGUUGGUUGGUUGUUUGUUGGGGUGUUGAAGUGUUUGUAUAAUUAUGGGGGUUUUUUUUGUGCAUUGCUUUAUAUCUUUAUUAGAUACUAUACCGGUACAACGUUCAUGUUCUUCACAUCAUUUAUCGAUUAACUUGAUUUGAAAUAAAAUAAAUCAAAAUUCUUAUUGAAGGUGGGAAGAAGUACA